UCUUGAUCGAAUCAAGUAUCAUUUGGUUUCAUUGUAUAUUUUGACCAAAUAUUCCAUCUAUUACUUAAAAGUGCUUAUUAUCAAGUUUUAUGCAUCGUAUGAUGUGAUCCUUAUUUAUUCUAAACACUAAUCCUAUUAUGCAGAACUAUUUUUGUUGAAAAAUAUGGAGGUGUCAGGCGCGGGGAAAUCACCCAAUGCAACACUAUCAUUUAGAUAUAAUGCAAAUAAUGAAGAGUUAGAGGAAUUAUUUCAACCAUGUGAAGAUGAUCCUCCAACCCCACAAUGUGAACCACCAGUUAAAGAACCUAUAAGUGCCAGCCCAAAACGUGGGGACAAAACAUCAAUCAUAGAUAAAUAUUUCAAGUCUAUGCGCACUGAAAAAACAAUUGACAAACAAGAUGACUCCAAACAAGCAGAGAGUAAAUCUAAUGAAGAAAGUAAAAGUCCAGUUCCACCAAAAGAAGUCUCUUCAUCUCCAGUAAAAGACUAUCUAAACAGAUUAGGUAAAAGAAGUACUUCUGAGUCUAUACCUGAAGGAAAAGAAAGUGCCAAUGAGACUUGGAAGAUAUUCCAUGAUUUCAAAUUCAAAAUAGCUCAAGCUGUUGAAGAUAUGAAAACUAGAUCAGUGGAAGAAACAAAAGAGAAAUCUCUACCUCGAGAGAGUUCGACUUCAGAUUCUGAAGAAAACUCAGCAAUUAAAGAUACUGAUCAGCAUAGUAUAGGAGACACAGAUAACCAGGUUUCCUCUCUUGACAGUAGCAUACAAAAUCUCUCUGAAAUGACUCAACCUUUAACAGCAAAGGCUUCAGAGCGCGAUUUAAGCCUUGCUAAUAAAAAUGCAACUGAUUCAAGUGAAGAUACACAUAAAAUACUAGGUCAUAAUGAAACUAUAGAAGUUCCGAAAGAUGAUAAUGUUGAAAUAGAGUCAGGUGUGGAGGCAUUAGAGGAUACGAUUGAUGCAUUUGGAGAUGUAACACAGUUAGAUUCAGAGUCACAUGAUAAACCCAUUGAAAUCACAUCAGCCAUCCCUCAACCUUUAGUCGCUCCUAUGGACUUUAACUUUCCACCGAGCAAAAAUGGCUUAAAUAAUAAUAACGAAACAACCAGAACAAGAACAAACUUCUUCAAUUGUACUAUGUACUUUCUCACAAUUUUCCUAUUAUUAAAUUAUAUUUUGUUCCCGAAUUCAAAUGUUUGGAUCGGUUUUCUAUUAGGUCUUUGGGUUUUCUAUUUUAUAACAUGUUUCAAGACAUGGGUGUUAGAUAAUUAUUUUAGUGAAUGGGAACCCAAGAGGAGUUUUUAUCAAUUUAAACAGAGCAAUGAUGUGCCUGUUGCUUAUACAAUACCUGCAGUUAAAGAACAUACACCUAUGAAGAAAUACGAGGGUUGGAUAAACCAUUACAGGUGUCCCGAUUACGAUCCGUAUACAUACCACAUAAAUAAAACAACUACUGCAUUUAUGAAAUUGGAAGGUUGUAAUUUACGUUUAUCCUAUACAACGACGAAAAUCGCCAAGAGGGCAUUAUGGGACGAAAAAAUAGAGAAUGUUGCAUUUUAUCAACACAGACUCUACAAUUUAACAGGAGCUCGAAUUAUUUUGCUGCCAAAAGGUCUCGUUAGAAGAAGGCAAUGGAGCAAGAAAUAUCCCAUCUGCAUAAUACUCAAUGAGAAGGAAAAGAUUCAAGUAUUAGAAAAGGAAAAUGGGUCGGUAGAAAAAAAACUUGCCGAAUCAACAGAAAAGAAAACUAAAGAACAAAUACCGGCACAUGAGACAGAGAGUACGGAGACGAAUACGAGUCCUGAAAAAAAGAAGAAAUUUAUAUGGAGAAGACGGGAAAAGAGUAAUUCGCAAAGCGAAAGUGAACCUGGAAAGGAAGGUUUGAGACAUCGACUUGUAAGAAAAAUACAUCGAGACAAACGGUCAGACAGUUUGUCAUCAUCAGCGGACACAGACGUGCCGGUGACGAGCGACAAGUCGCCGCAGUCGGAGGAAGCACCGACUCCAGAGCCUGACCCCGACCUCGCCUCCAAGUCCGCCACCAGUACUAAAGAUGAUAACGAUGAUGAAAUCGAUGAUAGCGAAUUGUCGCGGAUUAAAGAGUUCUUGGAUGAAGCGGAGUUGGAAGGCACCGGGGAGGGCGGGCCGGAAGGCGAGUGGAGCCUACACGUGAAGCAGUCGCGCGACAAACACGCCCAUCUCUUUCUUUUUGCGCGCACCGGCCGCGACAAACACGAAUGGUACCGUCGUCUGAACGCCGCCAUAUCUGAAGCGAAUGCGUCGAACGAAUCAUCUAUAGUGGAAGAAAAGCUGGGGAAUGACGCGCAGGAAACCAAAGACGGCAUCGAGCUCGCUGUGUAUAAGCUGACAGAAAAGGAUACAAUCGCAUUUGGCAAGAACAAAACAAGUGAGGUGACAUCAGAGGUGUUUCCACCAUACCCGUCGCAGUCGGAGUCCUAUGAGAAGACAUUCUGGCCGUACCUAUUUAAAAUAAUACAGUCGCACCAAAGUAAACAGCGUCACACGAGCGAGGUGGGCGUGAUGUGUCAGCUGGAGCCCUCGCCGCACGACCGCGCCAAGCCCAAGAAGAAGAAGAAAGGCAACCCGCAGAGCUCUGUGGUGGAGUGCGAGUGCCGCACGCUGCCGGCGGAGGUGACGUGGGUGAACACGGUGCUGGCGCGGCUCAUGUUCGACGUGAUGCGUGACCCCGCCACCAUCGCACGCUUACAGAACAGGAUACAGAGGAAGCUUAACACGUUAAAGUUGCCGUCAUUCAUGAGUCCGCUGGUGGUGACGGAGCUGUCACUGUCGGGGGCGUGCCCGCUGGUGCGCGGCGUGUCUGCGCCCGCGUGGGACGAGCGCGGCGUGUGGCUCGACGCUGACGUGCGAUAUGACGGCGGAGCGCACAUCUCUAUACUUACACAGAUCAAUCUCAUGAAACUUAAGGAGAAAAAUGUUACUCUGGAAGACCAAUUGAUGGCGACCACAGAAAACGUUGAAGAAACUGACGUAAAUUGUCCCACGACCACUGGCGCAGAGAAACAGUUGAGAAAACGCAAGCCGGCUAUAUAUGACAGUGACAUAGAAGACUCCGCGGAAUCGAGCAGUGAUGAUGACAGUCCGCUGGUGCAGCCUGUAGACAGCGGCGAGAACGUCGUCAUAUCUGACUCCUCAUCAACAAUGACAGAAGGAGGAUCAUCAAAGAAGAAGUUCCUUCGAAUGGUCGACAGGAUUGCAACUAAUAAAUAUUUUCAACAGGUGACUGACUACAAGUACGUGAAGCGCGCGAUGGAGGGCCUCUCCAACACGGACAUCAAGCUGCAGCUGGAGGUGCACGGCCUGGAAGGACGCCUCGCCCUCAACCUGCCCUCUCCGCCACAUGACAGGAUAUGGAUAGGUUUCCGCACGAAUCCGCAACUAGUGCUGCGCGCGCGACCCGCAGUGGGCGCUCGUGCGCUGCGCUUCGCUCACAUCUCCAACUGGAUAGAGCAGAAGUUGACCAGAGAGUUCGAGAAAGUUCUAGUGCUGCCCAACAUGGAGGACAUACUGAUAGACCUCAUGACACCCACGCCCGUCAGCUUUGAGUGAACUUCUGUAAGUUAAUCCAAAUUAUUAUAAUGAUGUGAUUAUCUUUUGACUUGUUAAUUAUUUAUACUAAAAUGCGAUCGUCGAACUAUCUUGUUUUUUUUUCGAUUUAUAUUCUCAAAUGUAAAGAAAAUAGUAAUCUAAAAUCUAUAAAUGGACUGGCUAUAAGUCGUUGUAUUCUGUGCCUAUUUCAUUAUCGCCAUGUUGGCUUAACGGGCACGUUUAAAUCGGAACUAAGCCGUAAUUCCAAAGCCAUCGCCUUCGAUCCAUUUAUAUAGUUUUCAUACAUUUUUUUUAAUAUUGCUCACUUUAGUAUGUGAAAAUAGUUUUGGCAUUAAACGUGAUAUGGAAUUAAUAAGUCAAGAAAUAAUCACACUUAUUAUGCAAAGUAUAUGGGCCAAAAUAUUGUAUCUCGAUUUUUCAGGUAAUAUUCCCUAAUUAUUGUCAAAUGUUAAUAAAAUUGUUCUUCGUCAAAAAGUAAAAAAAAAAGUAUAAAGACAAAGUAUGGAAAGUUAACUUGUUAAGGCAAAGGAAAUAUCAUUCUGCCACCACAGAUAAAUAUUUAAAAUAAAAAAAUGUAAAGUUUUUUUUAUUCCAUUGCUACUAUUUUUUGUAGACGCACAUUCAAUCCAUUAAAAUAAUGGCGUCAAAUUUUUAAAAUAUUUUUUUUUAAUUUAUCAUCACAAUUUUUUUAUUUAUUUUUUAUCAUUGCAUUAAAUUCCAAAGUAUCGAUAACAGAAUUUAUUGAAUUAUUCUAUAUGAAAAUUUACCAAGUUCCUUUGUAUUUAGUCAAGGAUUUCUCGAAGUUACUGAAUAAAAAUUAAUAGUGAGUUUGCAUUUAAUUGUACUAUCAAGUUACUAUUUUAGUUAUAGACAUUAUAAAAAUAGAUAAAAGAUAUUUUUAAUAUAGUUGACCGUUUUCGUAAGUUUUUUUUUUAAUGAUUAUUGAAUUAAAAAUCGAUUCGAAAACCGUUUCUAAUCGAUUUUCUUGUGAAAUCGAGUUUGUCUUUAUAUGUGUAAAAUAAGUACCAUGUUCAAAUACAUAUUAGGCAUUUGAGCGUAUAAAUAAGUUAAAGACUGUCGCUACGGUUAGCAAAAAAAGUCGGUAAAUAAAAAUAUAUAGGUGUUUGUAUAUAAAAAAAUAUUCCACAAAUAUUAUAUUUAUU